CCCCACUGGCAGGCACCUUGGCAGCCCAUCCAGGCCUGCUCCCCUCUACGCGGGGAGCGAGGGACGGCCGGGCCCUGCUCUCGGAGACGGGGGGAGACCGCAGAACCUGAGGCCAUGCCCCAUGAGAAGAGUUUCUUGGUGUCUGGGGACAGCUAUCCUCCCCCCAACGCUGGAUAUCCUGGGGGGCCCCAGCCCCCCAUGCCUCCCUACCCGGGGGCCCCUUACCCACAGCCCCCAUUCCAGCCUUCCCCCUAUGGCCAGCCAGGGUAUCCCCAGGGCCCCAGUUCCUACCCCCAAGGGGGCUACCCUCAGGACCCCUAUCCCCAAGGGGGCUACCCUCAGGGUCCCUAUCCCCAAGGGGGCUACCCUCAGGGGCCCUACCCCCAAGGGGCCUACCCUCAGGGGCCAUAUCCACAGAGCCCCUUUCCCCCCAACCCCUAUGGACAACCACAGGCCUUCCCGGCACAGGACCCUGACUCGCCUCAGCAUGGGAACUAUCAUGAAGAAGGACCCCCAUCCUACUAUGACAACCAGGACUUCCCUGCCACCAACUGGGAUGACAAGAGCAUCCGCCAGGCCUUCAUCCGGAAGGUGUUCCUGGUGCUGACCCUGCAGCUGUCUGUGACUCUGUCCACCGUGGCCGUGUUCACGUUCGUCAAGGAGGUGAAGGGCUUCGUCCAGCAUAACGUCUGGACCUACUAUGUCUCCUACGCCGUCUUCUUCAUCUCCCUCAUUGUCCUCAGCUGCUGUGGGGAGUUCCGACGAAAACACCCCUGGAACCUUGUCGCACUGUCGAUCCUGACCGUCAGCUUGUCCUACAUGGUGGGCAUGAUCGCCAGCUUCUACAACACGGAGGCGGUCAUCAUGGCCGUGGGCAUCACCACAACCGUGUGCUUCACGGUGGUCAUCUUCUCCAUGCAGACUCGCUAUGACUUCACGUCGUGCAUGGGCGUGCUGCUGGUGAGCAUGGUGGUGCUGGUGGUGUUCGCCCUGCUCUGCAUUUUCAUCCGCAGCCGCAUCCUAGAGAUUGUGUACGCCUCACUUGGUGCCCUGCUCUUCACCUGUUUCCUGGCGGUGGACACCCAGCUACUGCUGGGGAACAAACAGCUGUCACUGAGCCCGGAGGAGUACGUGUUCGCAGCGCUGAACCUGUAUACGGACAUCAUCAACAUUUUCCUGUACAUUCUCACCAUCAUCGGCCGCGCCAAGGAGUAGCUGGGCCCCGCGCGCACGCGUGGGCCUGUGUGGCCGGCAUGGCUGGUGUGGCAGUGCUAUCGGACCUCCCCGUCUUCCUCCCUGGACUGAGGAAGCCCCUCCCACCCCCCUGUGUGUAUACUACAGAUACUUCCAUUUGGACCCUUGGGGGCCAGCAUGGCCCCUUCCAGCCCUCCCACCCACCACAGGGCAGCGGGGCCAGGUUCCCGUGCCACCUCCUACCCACUCACUGUUGCAUGAGCCCUGUCUGCCAGCCCACCCCAGGGGGUGACACCAGGUCCCAGGGGACAGGGAUCGAGCCAAGAGGUGAGGGUGCACGUCUCCCCUCCUAUCCCAGCUCCCGCCUGGCAUAGAGUACCCCCUCCCCUCCCUACCCCCACCCUGGAGUGCUGCCCUUGGCGGGGACCUGAGGGCUGAGGGUCUCGUCCCUGUGCUGAGCCCUGAGGGCAGAAAGGAUGGAAUAUUUCGGGGGAGGAGAACGCCUUCCUCUCAUUACGCUGUCUAAAAUUCCAAUAAAGGGAACCUCUGCUCUCUC